GUGACAAGAUCAAGAAAGAAAGCUCAGGAACCAAGCUCAUCGUUCCCAAUCAUCACCAGCAGACCUUUCAACCGACAACCACCAUUCAACACCUCCUCUCUUUUGUAAUCGCCUUCAACAGGAGAGCUUGCCGGUUAUUCUCCCACACUGGUUUCUCUUCAGGCCGACACCUCGCAACCGAACGGUCAGACCCUUUGACUCGACGACAACAGUCAAGAAAACCCUAGCCCAAACUACAUAUAUCCUCGUCCCAUCCGUACUUUUAUGUUCUUUUUACUCCUUUGCCCUUCCACCAUUUUUAUUUGUUGCUCUCUCUCUCUCUCUCUCUCUCCCCCCACUAUUUAUUUGACCUUUACACCUUUUAACUUUUUCUCUCUAUUUCAUCAUCUAGUUGUGUGGUUUUCAUCUCUGUCUCUUCCUGUUUUUACUUUACCCUUUCCCCCCCCUCUCUCUCUCUCUCUCUCUCUCUCUCUCUCGUCCUCCUUUCUUCUUUCUCUUCAUUCUUCAUCUUCUAUCUCACACCUGCCACUAGCUAGGGUUUCUAUGGCGGUUUUACCGACGGCGAUGGGAUCGUCGAGCUUGGAGUUGACUAUGUCCGUACCUGGCUUCUCUUCGUACCCGUCUUUUCCUAAUUCAUCUGUGAGAGACUUGGACAUAAACCAAAUACCAUCACUACAAGGAGAUCAAGAAGAAUGGAUGACAGCGGGCAUGGAAGACGAAGAAGAAAGCAGCAACGGAUCGGGUCCUCCCCGCAAGAAGCUUCGUCUCACCAAGGAACAGUCUCGUCUUCUCGAAGAGAGCUUCAGACAAAACCACACCUUGAACCCUAAACAGAAAGAGGCGUUGGCGAUGCAGUUGAAGCUGAGGCCACGCCAGGUCGAGGUGUGGUUUCAAAAUCGUAGGGCCAGGAGCAAGCUGAAGCAAACAGAGAUGGAAUGCGAGUAUCUGAAGAGAUGGUUCGGAUCGCUGACUGAACAAAACAGGCGGCUGCAAAGGGAGGUGGAGGAGCUGAGGGCAAUGAAAGUCAGCCCGCCCACCGUGCUUUACCCCCACAGUUGCGACCCUCUUCCGGCAUCCACACUCACCAUGUGCCCUCGUUGCGAGCGAGUCACCACCACCACCACUCCAGACAGGGACAGGGGCGGCGGGCCAACCAAGACUAAUAAUAUCCCGGCCACCGCUGCCCCAACCUUGUCCACUAAAGUGGCGACGCCUGCCCUCUAAUCGCGGCUGCGUGUAGUUAAUCUUAAUCAGUAUGUAAUUUGACGAACUUGAUCAUGAUCGUCAUCGAUAUCAAAGGAAUGAAUAGUGAAAAGAAAUUAAGAUUAGAUAAUGUUAAUGUUAAUAUAAUGAUUUGUUUA